UCUAAAGAGCUCAAUUUUGUUUUUCGAUGGCUUUAACCAACACCAAAAUCCAUUGUCUCGGCCUUACACCAACCACCAGAAGUCUCUUAGACUUGGAGAUGUCGAAUUUAACUGCGUUAUCGCCUUUGGAUGGACGUUACUGGGGGAAAGUUAAUGAAUUGGCUUCUUCUAUGAGCGAGUUUGGGUUGAUCUAUUUCCGAGUACUUGUCGAGAUCAAAUGGCUUCUUAAGCUUUCAAAUAUUCCUGAAGUCACUGAAGUUCCAAGCUUUAGCAAAGAAGCUCAGGAGUACUUGCAAGGCAUCAUUGAUGGAUUUAGCGUGGAUGAUGCAUUGGAAGUUAAGAAGAUUGAGAGAGUAACAAAUCACGAUGUGAAAGCAGUGGAGUAUUUCCUGAAACAAAAGGUUGAAUCACACCCGGAGAUUGCUAAGGUUCUUGAGUUUUUCCAUUUUGCUUGUACGUCUGAAGACAUCAACAAUCUUUCCCAUGCUUUGAUGCUUCGAGAAGCACUUAGUUCGGUUAUACUUCCCACCAUGGAUGAGCUGAUUAAGUCAAUCUCUCUGAUGGCUAAGAGUUUUGCGUAUGUCCCAAUGCUUUCACAUACUCAUGGACAGGCAGCUUCUCCUACAACUUUGGGUAAGGAAAUGGCGAUUUUUGCUGUGAGGUUGAGCGAAGAAAGGAGAUAUCUUUCAGAAACAAAGAUUAAGGGGAAAUUUGCGGGUGCUGUCGGGAACUACAACGCCCAUAUCUCCGCAUAUUCUAAUAUUGACUGGCCUCAUGUUGCAGAGGAGUUUGUUACUUCUCUCGGAUUAACAUUCAACCCAUACGUGACUCAGAUCGAACCCCAUGACUAUAUGGCUAGACUUUUUAAUACUAUUAGCCAGUUCAACAAUAUUUUAAUCGACUUUGACAGAGAUAUAUGGAGCUACAUCUCUCUAGGGUACUUUAAGCAGCUAACUAAAGCAGGUGAAAUUGGAUCGUCGACAAUGCCUCACAAAGUGAAUCCUAUUGACUUUGAGAACAGUGAAGGGAAUCUAGGUAUAGCAAAUGCACAGCUUGCUUUUCUCAGCAUGAAGCUUCCCAUUUCAAGAAUGCAGCGUGAUUUAACGGAUUCAACUGUCUUGAGAAACAUGGGUGUAGCUUUAGGACACUCUCUUCUCGCUUACAAGAGCGCAAUUCAGGGAAUCGGGAAGCUUCAGGUUAAUGAAGCUCGGUUAAAAGAACAUUUGGAUCAUACUUGGGAAGUCCUUGCUGAACCGAUACAAACUGUGAUGAGGAGAUACGGUGUUCCAGAGCCGUAUGAGAAGCUGAAGGAGCUAACAAGAGGAAGAGCUGUUGAUGAAGAAAACAUUAGAAAGUUUAUCAAAGGUUUGGAUUUGCCUGAAGAAGCAAAAGACCAACUUUUGGAGCUAACUCCACACAAAUAUGUUGGUGCUGCUGCUGCACUGGCUCUGGCCGUGGAUGAAGCUGUGCACUUGGGACAUUGA